UUUCAGAUAAGAAGGAGGCUUUUAUUUUGUCAGUGUAACACCGGAACCAAAUUAAAAGUUUGAGUUCAUCUCCCGCUCUCCGUCAUGUAACCAUAGUAAUGGACAGAAGCGAAUGGGAGAAGAUACUCACCUGUUUUCAGGCAUCUGCACGUGGAUACCUGGUAAGACAUGAAUCCGUAGUGCGCGAGAGGACUUUGAGGACAUCGUUAAAGAGAUUGAUGGAGGUUUGACCAAUUUAGAGUGGAGGGAGACAAUCAUCCCCUUUCCCCACUUCACUGACACUGAGGAUCCAUUUAUAGGAAGCCGCAGCUCUAGCAGCAAACAUUCAACUCCUGGACGAGAUGUCUGUGCCAGUCCCCAGAGCCCGUCGUUACUGCCGUCAUCAUCACCAUCUUCAGCACCAGAGGAGAAGGGAGAACAUCAUGUCCUGCUCGAGAAGAUAGUAGCAGAGCGAGAUGAUUCACAAAUCAAAAGACAGGCUUCUCCCUCUGAGGACUGUCCCCACAGAAGUAAUGUUAGAGGGGAAGGAGAGGGUCAGAAAGAAAGUACUGUUGGGGAGAAAGAUGGAGACUCCACCACAGUCUGGAGCAGUUUGGAGCUGGACAACAACAAUGGUCCCCAACAGUUCAGCCGUGAGUUGCCCCCCACCCCACAGGCCUUGCGUCUCCAUAGAAACACCCUGACCAUGGAGCUGGUCUGGCUCCAACAGGCCAUUGACAGCAGGAAAAAGUACUUGUCACUCAAAGAUGGGCUGAGCGUAUCUUGACGACAGAAGUAAUCUGAACUGGACUGAUCGCUGUCAGGCUAUUAUUUUACACAAAUACAAAGACACUGUAAAUAUAUUGUUUCUGUGGUAUUUAUCAUGUUGUUUUAGAUGUGUAUAUUUUAGUUGCUAUGUUUUAAAUAAAGAUUCAACUGUAUUUUUCUAAAAAAGUCGACUUUCUGCUGUUGCUGCCACUGCUCAUAUUGGUCUUGUGACAUAAAUUGUGACUGGGUGAGGUAGCUACUGUUGUGUAGGAAAAGGUUAAUUCAAUCGAGGUCAGGGCGAUACCUGGCUCAGAGCAAGUUAGUUGUGACUCACAGAAACUCAAAUUUCCCAUUUAGAUCACAAUGAAUGAGCUCUCACGCAUCACUUAGGAGUUCUUCCUGCAAAUAUUCACACACAUGUCUCCUGUUAAGCUGCUGUUGUCUUUAGGUUCACAUUUCAUUAAAUAGCAGGCACAGAAACAUGCUGUUCAAUGGGAAAAAUACAGUAAGCAUUGUUCUGCUCCUAAAAUUGUAUUUUUAAAGUCUUUGUUUUAUACUAAAUGUCGUGAUUAAAUGUCACUUGAGACAUUUGUAACGGUUUUGUCACCCGCUGUCUCCUGCAAUGGCCAGGUAAUGCUAAUAUGCAUAUUGAUAUUUGGCAAAUAUGUUUUUGGGGAAAGUACUAUGGAAAAUACAAGUGGGUGUAGAGGUUAUCUUAUUGAUUCAGCUUACAACAACACAGCGACCCACCCCUUCUUUCCUCCUCUGUCUGUCCCUUUUGUUGUGGUUGCUGCCGAUGGUUUGCCCCACAAAGCCGGUCAUUGCUGGCCAUGCUGCCAUAGCAACCAGGAAAUACUCACCGCCGUCAGUGGAGUAGUGUGUGAAUGUGUGUGUGUGUGUGUGUGUGUGUGUGUGUGUGUUAGGGGGAUAGAGAGAGCAGAACGUGGUGAGUGGGAGUCCAGACGGAUCACAACAACAGAAGGGAAGGAUUUUCACCUUUCGCCUUUCGAUUAAACCCUUUCCCCGCUUGACCGUCCAACAGGAUAACAGCUGGCUCAGAUGGCUGCCAGCACAGCAGCCACGGCUCUCCUGCCUCCAGUGAAGAGCGUGGUGGUGUAUAAGAAUGGAGACCCUUUCUACAAUGGACGCAGGUUUGUGGUAAACCAGCGACAGGUGGCCACCAUGGAGGCCUUUCUAACUGAAGUGACCCAGAGCAUCGGCGCUCAACUGGCCGUCAGGACUCUGUACACACCCAGACAGGGCCACAGGGUCACAGACCUCCAGGAUCUUCAGACAGGAGCCCAGUAUGUUGCUGCUGGCUUUGAGAGGUUCAAAAAACUGGAUUACCUGACCGCAAGAACGAAAAAGCAGCCUUCUGGCCGUGAUGAAACACAGGCCAAAGCAUCCCAGAGGCUAAAUGUUUCAGCCAAAUGGAGGAAGUUUAUACCUCUACCCUGCAUUAUACACGUUUUCCGAAAUGGAGACUUGCUUUGUCCACCAUUCCGGUUUAUCAUUCCCCGGAGCAUGCAGCAGGACCUGGAGCAGAUCCUGAGUCUGGUCACUGAAAAGGUCAGCCUACGAACCGGAGCUGUUCGCAGGUUGUGCUCUUUGGAAGGAGCGACUGUGUCUUCUGCUGCGGAGCUAGAGACUGGCCACUGCUAUGUUGCCGUGGGAACUGAGAGGUUCAAGAAACUUCCAUAUGUGGAGCUGUUGGUUUCAAAAGCUACAGAGAGAUAUUACCCAGGAAAGAGAAGGCUGUUAAGGAGGAAUGAGAACAGGAAAGCAGGAAGCGGUCCAGAGGAUCAGUACAGUGACUCAGCCCUCCUCGACUCCCCAGAGUCAGAUGGUCGCAGGGUGAAGUCCACAGGAGAUGAAGCUGCAGCUCCAGCAGCCGCGGAGCAGAGGAGCAGGAGAGAGGGGGCAGAGGAGACGUCUGCCUUCUUCUCCAGGCCGGUCAAAACCCGCAACAACAGAGGACAGCCCAGACCACCACUCAGCAAUGGAUCUGUCCAGCCCAGCGUGUUAAAGAGAGCAGCACGGAAAAGAAGAGAGGAGGUACGAGGGGCCGAGGAGGUGCACGAGGACGAAAACACAGCUACAGAGCUUCCUGUUGACCAGAGAGUUGCAGAAAUAGUGGAGGAUGAGGAACAAAACGGUACGCUAGACAACACACAGCAGGAGCCUGAAAUGAAGCAGACGUCUUUGAAGUCCAGGCCUUCGUCAAAGACAUCUCAGGUAGAGAGCAGGGAACAAAAGGCAAGUUUACCCACCUCAAAGUGUAUUCAAAUGCUUCAUUGCUUUUCCUCUAACGCUAUUUUCAUGAUAUUGUCUUAACAGGAGAGCCUACAGGUGGCCCCGUCAAACACAGCAGAACACAACCAUCAUCAGGAGUCCUGGUGAAGGACGAGCACAGAGGAUUCAUCGAAGAUGUUUAACUACUUUCUAUGAUGACCUUAUGUGACCCAAUUCAUGUUUGAUUACAUUUGUAGUAUUUUAAAUGUGUUUAUGAGCCAAGCAACAACUUGAAUUUAUGUUGUUGUUGUUUAGAACAAAGUCCAAAAUGUGAACAGGCAUGGAAAUUUAAAAAGAACAAACACCAGAUGAGAUUAACACUCUCUUAAAUUCUAGUGCAAACCAGAAUGAGACGAAACAACGCUUUUCUGACAUGACAGCCUUCACAGAGUUAGUGUUAUAUUAUAUUGUGUUGAAUUUGUUUUACAGGGAUGAUUCAUAAAUCAUGUAGGUGUUCACGAAUGCAAUUCAUUCCGUUUCCAAAAUGUACAUAAGAAACAAUAUUUUUGAGCCAUUUUAAGCCUUAAUGUAUUUUCGAUUUGAAGAAAUCAGAGACAAAAAGCUAUGCUUUGCCAACAAUUUAUUAAUAAAAUACCAGCCACAUUCCAUAAUCUGUACAGAGUUUUGUGUCAAUCAAAUACUGUAACAAUAAAAAAAUGUAUAUUACUAUGAACAUUACUGUUUCUCAAAUCUGUAUAACUUCUUCAGACAUAUUUUCAGAGCAUGCAACAAGGUAACUCACUAUGAAACAACAAACCGUUUUGUAAAUGCUCCUUCACAAUAUCUUACUCAGAUAAUAAGUAAAUGAAUAACCAUUUUAUCCUCGGGCAAAAACAGCUAUUUGUUCUCUCCUGUGUCCUGCUCUUUCCCAAACAGAAGGAGUCCGCAGUAAAAUGUCCCAUUUAAACGAGAAGGUUACAUCUAAUUGGUUCAUUUUCAAAACCCAGCCUUAUUUGUAUGUGGUCUCUACAGCAGUUAUGCAGAUGCCAGUCACAUGGCGGGGCAGCAGAGUACUUAAACGUAAAAGUUAACAACCACCAACUUCUAUGCAAGCCCCAUAAAUCUAGUCUAGUCUUGAGUUGAACCCCACAUGAACCCAAUUCCCCUUAAACUUUGCGUAAAAGCUUCAGGACAGGUCUUUUGAAGCUCACACUGAGUUCAUUUAGGCACCAUUUUCCCACCAGAACCGUUGCUCUAAGGAGUUGCUCUCAGAAUCUAAAUUGCCCCCUCUAGUCCCGCUCCAAAUCUGCUUUGGACUUUCUGUCCCUUCAAAGGAAUAAUUUGAAGGUACAGUAUGUGAGAGUUUGUAUU